AUGCGUGCGAAUUUCGCUCUUUUACUGAUCGCUAGCACACGACGAGCCGCAAUUCCAGUGCGCUUCUAUAUCCGAUCCACUCAGGCGUUCAGUGCUGCUUUAUCUCAUCGAUCUCAGUCCACCAAGAUGUCUAUGUUUGGUAUGACCGAUACGCUUAAAACAUUGCUCAUUCAAGAGAUUUAUCAACGUCCACUGAUUUGGAAGCCAUCUGAUCCGAGAUACACCGAUGUACCGGCUCGUUGGGUUGCAUUUGAAGAGGUUGCGAAAGCACUGAGCAAUGAAAAAGUGCAAUUCUCAAGCGAUAUGGUAAAAAUGGCAUGGAAGAACAUGACUGAUUACUACAAUCACAUCAGACGUCGUAACGAUCGUGCCCGUGCGGCUGGUCUCACACCACCGCAAUCCAAAUGGUACUUCUUCAACAUGCUGCAUUUCAUUCGACAAGAAAAGUCACCCGCAAAACGAAAAUACAAUUGGCUCGAACCAUCCAAGAUCAAAAGUUCAUCAUUGAACGGUGAUGGGGCGAAUGGUUCGAUGAAUUCAGAGGGCAGUGAUGCACUUCCGAGACCCAUUGCUAUCAGACCGGCGCCUAGUGAUUCUGUGGUUGACACAUCGCACAGACCUCGUACAAAACAAUCUGAAAAAGCUAAAUUGCAAGCGAAACGUGAGGCGCUUCGCGAUGCCAAUUUGAGCACGUCGUCUUCGAUGGAUUCGACAACUAUUAAAAUCAAGAAAGAGCCAACUCUGAAAGUGAUCGAUGUGGUUGGCGAUAACGAUAACGAUGCAGACGAGGACAUGAAUGAGGAUGACGAUGAGAUGAACGAC